AAUCCUCACUGGGACAUCCUUCUGCCGAUCAUAUCUCAAUUGCAACUCAAUAGCGAAUGCAACGUCAAUAAUAUUGAUGGCGUUUCAAAGCCGCACAUUUCGUAUUCUCACGAUCCAAUUCCAAAUGCAAAUGCGUUCAGUAGUUAGUACUAGCAGUACUGAAAGAACCACUGACUGCGUCAUCAUACUGGGUGCGGUCUGAGAAUGCGACCGCCGACAUCUAUUGGUGGGACACUGCUGGAUGGGACCGUUUCGUCAGCAAGUCAAUGAUUUGGAACCAAACAUGGUGUAUAAAUACCGUGACUCACAAAGCCAUAUGAGUUCCCUAUCGAACUCGCUAUCGCUACCCAGUACCCCCCACCGGCCUACUUUUCUGCUCGCUAUCACGCCCUCGUAUUCCAAUAUGUCUCAUGGAAAACAAUUCACUCUCUACACCCACAUUAGCGGUCCUAACGGAUGGAAGGUCGCUUCCGUCCUCGAGGAGCUUGGACUUACUUUUGAGUCCGUCUUCUUCAACUUCCAGGCUGCCGAGCAGAAGAACGCGGAUUACCUCAAACUGAACCCUAACGGUCGUAUUCCAACCAUUGUUGACCAUGGCAACAACGACUUCGUUCUCUGGGAGUCCGAUGCUAUCCUGCUCUACCUCGUCGACAGAUACGAUAAGGAGAAGCGACUCACCGUGACCGAUGAACGCGAGAAGUACCAGCUUCUCCAAUGGCUCUUCUUCCAAUCCUCUGGUCAAGGACCGUACUUUGGACAGGUUGCAUGGUUCACCAUCUACCACGCUGAGAAGAUUCCUUCCGCUAUUGAACGAUACAAGAGGGAGAUUCUCCGUGUCUUCGGAGUGCUCGAGGCCGUUUUGUCCAAACAGGAUUGGCUCGUUGGAGGCAAGGUCACCAUUGCUGAUAUCUCCUUCGCAACUUGGAACAACCUCGCCAUCAACAAUUUGGUUGCAGGAUUCGAGGGCUUCGACUUCGAGAAGGACUUCCCUGCCACAGCUGCGUGGCACAACAAGUUGCUCGCCAUCCCCUCUGUUAAGAGUGUCAUCGACCAACGCGCUGCUAUGCUCCAGAAGCAUUGAACUCAUCUCUUAUUUAACUUGCCCUAAAGACAAUGGUUCGAGGCGGAUUUGUAUAUUAUAGGUUAUUAUACCAGCUGAGAGUUAUCAG